ACGCAGCUGCCAAAUGAACAUGCGUGCGAGACAGUUCACUGCACUGAAGUUGUUUUAUUUUACAUCGUAGUGGAAAAGUGGGUUGGAAUAGAUAACAAUUAAUCCCAAACUUCUUUUAAUGUAAGUUGUAUCUGCGGGAGGAGGCGUUUGUUAGCAUAGCUGUACCGUUAGCAUCCCUCGUGCAGGUGGUUGUUCCAGAGUUGGUUUUGUUUCAGAAUCUAAUGAAAAAAAUAAAAUGGCUUUUGCAAACCUGUUCGCGAGUCUGUCUGCCCUCCACGACGACGUGAAAAGUCCUGGAGGACCAGCCUUCACAUGCCGGAAGGAGUCUGAGAAAAGAACCAGAGGCAAAGGCAGGAAGAGGAAAGCAGAAGAAGAGCAGCCUGGAUCCCACAACAAGAAGCAACGUUGUCAAGUCCAGAAAAACCCAACUUACAGCUUCAAAGAUGAUAACAUCAAGGCCAAAGACUAUCAUGUACCGAGCACUGAUGGUGCACUGGGAGGCUGCACUGAGGAAGAAAUAAAUAACUACAGUGACAAAGCUGCGCACAAUAUCAGGAACCACAUAGGUCAGAACUACAAAACGAAAAGCAGCUGUGGAGUGAACAAGCAACAACAUCAGGAAAAGAAGAUGAAGUUUCAAAAUAAGCAUAAAUUCAUGGAUAAAGGGAGACAGACCUAUGGAGGGGGAAGAGGGAUGCUGAGAAAAGGUGGAAGAGGCGAUCAACAUGCCAAACAGGAUGCUAGGCCGAAGCCGCCGAGGUUCAUGACACAAGAGUUCAAGGACAAGAAUGUGUUGGAGCUGGACGGACGCUUGCUUUGUCGUCAUUUCCUUCGGGGAUGCUGCAUCAAGGCUGAAAGCUGCCAGCUGGAGCACGUUCAGGGUUACAACGGUCUCCUCCAAGUCGUCUGCAAGUUCUACGUCCAGGGAUUCUGCAUGAAGGGGGAGAGCUGCCCUUACAUGCACAAGUCCUUCCCUUGCAAGUUUUUCCACAAAAACGGAAAGUGUUCCCAAGGAGCAGAUUGCAGGUUUUCCCACGAACCACUAAAUGACGUCACUAACCGACUGUUGGAUGAGGCAUUACAACGAGACAAUGACCUUCAUCAACUUGCAAAGAAAGCUGAACAGGAGUCGUCAGGACAGCUGGCCAACACAGCCGAGACGGAAAUUAUUGAAGCAAAUGAAACCCCUGAUGUGCUAACGCAGCCACUCAGGCCUAACUUUUACAACAGCACAGAUACCGCCAAGGAAACCUUGUUGUGUCCAACAGAAGAGCAGCCUGUUACCACACAUGAAGGUUCCCCUCCACAUGCAUCAGAUGCUGCCCAGCCUCAGACACCUCCAUCUCCCAGCAGUGACCAUACACAGCCAGUUUGUUAUUCAGUGGAAGCUGUUCUUGGAGCUCAGCUGUCCAGACCAUUCCCCAGUUUCUACACAGCUCCUGGAAGUCAAGGUUCUCCGUCUCUCCCUGCGGCACAGACCACUUCUGAUGCCACUCUGGGCUCCACAAACCAAAGCCAAGCUCCGUACUCUGUGGAUGCUGUCCUCCGGUCGUUCAAAUCAGUGGAAAAGUCCACUUUUGGCCAAAGAUCUACCACUCUGCCUGCAAAAACGGUAUCCUACACACCAAAAGCUGCCUGUGAAGAAAGCACUAAACCUCUGCUGAGCUCACAGCAUGGGAAGAUUUCACUAAACACCAGAGAUGAAGCGAACAAACCCCAGAAAAACUUGUUCAAGACUCUGCCAUCUUUCCAAUCGCACACCAGCCGGAUUUCAAAAACCUGCCCUGACCUUUCUCUCACCUCUGAGGACCAUAAAAAUCAAUGUGGAGAUGUUCCAGAGUCUGUAAAAACUGCUCAGAGAACUUCUAGUGAAGUCAAACUGGAGUCGUUGCAUUCUCCUGUCACACAAGUAAAGAAGUGUGCGUCCUCCAAAAGCAAAGGAGAUGUGAACGAAAGUCAAACAUGUCCUGCACCGCUGAAGCCACAUCUCUCUGGUCUGAUGUCUGAUUCACAAUCUCCAGUGACGCCCUUUUCUCCUUCUGUCAGUUUGUCAGAGUUUAAAGACAGAGCUGCUGGUGAACCUGAUUCCUGUUCAGAUAAGAAAAGUGACACCUCAGACUCUCCCAGUCGUCAUUUUGCUGCGAAAAAACAGCAACAGCAGCGUUAUUCUGCUACAACCCACCCAGAGCGCAGCAGCGAAGUGAGAGAUCGCGGCGAUUUUUCCGAUGCAUGCAAGAAGAAUCAGAAACGAACUUUUAGGAGCCUUUUCGCAAACCUCUCCGACAGCGUGAUGCCGGCUCAGCCUCCAGCUCAGCCUCCAGCCCAGCCUCCAGCUCAGCCUCCAGCUCAGCCUCCAGCUCAGCCUCCAGGCUCCAUUCAGGCUCCACGCUGUGCAGAUUUCUCAAGUGAAGAUCUUAAAACUGCAACUGAAUCUUCAUCCACGUCCUUCCGAUGCCUUUUUGCAGCACCGCUCUGUGACGCAGCUGCUUCAUCUCCACGUUUGGAAUCUCAAGCUGAUCAUUUAAGGACUGAUGAUGAUGCAUUUCAUUUAUCCAAAGCAAGAGUUCAAAAUUUAGAGCCGGCUCUUCCGCAUGAGGCCGGAACUGAUGCCGAACAAACUCCUCACAGGCCAACGUCGCCUAAUUCGUCUGCCGGCCGGAGCAAUGAGCCUGUAGACCAGCCGGCGAAUCCUUUUUCUCUCAGUGAGAUUCCCGCAAGUCCAGCUCCUCAAAGUCUAAAUCCGUCCACAGCGUCGGCUCAGCAGCAGCUCCCUGACGUCUCAUCGCCCAGAGGUUCAGUUCUGAAAAGCCUCUUUCUGUGUCUGAGUCCAUAUCAAGAGGACGGAGAGCGGCCAGACAGUGACAUCAGAUCAACGUCCCUCCAGGAAGUGGACUGAAGGACAGAAGCAGCACAGGGGUAAAGCCAGAAGAAGAAGAAGAAGAAGAAGAAACCCAAGACUGAGAACAACACAACAGAUCUGCUAUUAGACUCCUCGGGGCUGCAGGUGUGACUGAACCUCAGGUGCGCUGAUGCAGCGUCAAACCGGGUCAGACGGUCGGACGGUGGCACCGCUCAAGGAGCUUUUUAAGACUUUAGACACCGACGUUUUCCGCUUGACUUUAUUAACUACUGUUUGAAAUCGCAAUGAAUCAUAUUGAAACCAGUUUAUUCGUGUCUGUACAUAACUGAGCAGUUUAUUAGGUACACUGAGUUUUUUUUAACAACUAACACAAAAAUCCAAAUAAACUGAGAGCUGACUUUAUUCUGCAUUCCA